AUGCGUGCCACACUCCUCCUCGGCGCCCUGAGUGCCCUGGGCCUCACCAAUGCCCACUUCACCAUCAAGUCGCCCAAGGGCAUUGGCAGCGCCGACUCGACCGCCGACCACGCGCCCUGCGGAGGCUUUACCCCAGAUCUGUCCGACGGCUCAAGCCAGCUCGUCGACAUACACGUAGGCGGCGAGGCCGUCGCCUUGCGCCUCACCCACUCCCGCUGCACCUGGCUGCUGCGCGCCACGCUUGACUCGGCGGCCAAGAACGGCUGGGAGAAGGUGUACCCCAUCACUGUCCAGAGCGGCCUUGGAGACUAUUGUUUCCCUGCUGUCACCUUCCCCAGCGACUGGGCUGGCAAGAAGGGAGUGAUUAGCAUCGUCUCGUCGGCCGAUGACGGCCAGCUCUUCCAGUGCAUUGCCGCAAACUUCGUAUCGGGCACCGCCUCGCCGCCGACGACGUGUACCAAUGCCUCCUCAGUCACGUCCUACAGCACCGACGAUUCUGAGCUGCAAAAGCUCAUCGGCGACCAGGAUAGCGCCUCAUCCACCGCAUCGAGCUCUGCUGCUUCGCCUUCGGCGACCGACUCAAAGGGAGCUGCCGGCGCAUUGCUCGUGCCCUCGAUCCAGAGUGUUGGUAGCCUCGUGGCUGGCGUGGGCGCACUUGUCUUGGGAGGUGCUCUGAUGAUUUAA